AAGAAGGCACUCCCGCUGCAUCCAAGUUGUUCGGGCACCGAAAUCGACAGUUUCGGGUUCCUGGGACACACCGACCGAUGUCAUUCAUCGCCUGCUGACAUUCAGGCCGUCAGAUGUCUGCACUAUCUACAUCGACACCGGCCAAAAAUCGGAGGAGUCAGAGGUGUCUAUUUCAACACUUGGGCGCGGCAUGUACACUCAAUUUGCCGGAGCAGAGUGCGAAAGGAGCACCGUCAACUUUCACGCUACUCAUUGAUCGGUUGAAGAAGCCCGCGCAGAUCUGCCGGGAGUGAAGGUUGCUGCUUCAGCGUGCCAAAGUGAGAUAGCCGUUUGAGCUCUCAGAUCUGGAGUCGAUGUUGAGAAGAAUUGUCUUGGACGGCGGGAAGCGAAGCCUUCACCUGGGCACCGUCUAGAUGC